CCAGACCGGUGGGUGGCGCUGAUGAGGCAGUGUUUGAGAGCGCUUUCUAUUCUCCACUCAUUUCACUUCCGGUGAUGCUGAAAAUGGCGGCGUCCAUGCGGAUACUCUGCAGUGCAGGACUCCUGUCAAAGGCGAUACAAGAACUCUCGCUGAAGGCUGCUGUCCCGCGGUGUGUGUGUGCAGCUCGCGCUCCUCCAGCAUCAUCACGAAGCCAUAUUAAUGUGACUCCUGUGGCCUUUGUGAGCACUGCAAAUGUUUCUACAUCAUACUCCUCUCCUGAGUCACAAAUCACAGUGACGGACGAGCCAGACACACUGUUUCAGAAGCUGACCGUGUUGGUUAAAGGUCAUGAUAAAGCAGUUUUGGAUAGUUAUGAGUUUUUUGCAACUUUGGCUGCCAAGGAGCUUGGCCUAACCCUGACUAAAGUGUUUGAACCACCGAGGAACAUCGAGAGGCUCACACUUCUGAAGUCAGUGCACAUCUUUAAGAAACACAGGGUCCAGUAUGAAAUGAGGACACACUACAGAUCCAUCGAGAUUGCCAGGAUAACAGGAUCCACUGCACACGCAUAUCUGGAGUACAUUCAGCGUAACCUGCCCGAGGGAGUGGCCAUGGAGGUCACUAAGACUGCUAUAGAGAAAGUUCCAGAGCAUAUCCAGACACCCUUGUGGGAUAAGGAGAGCCACCAGGAAGCCAGCUAAUGAGGACCUUUUUUGUUCCAUGCCUUUUGUAUUCAAUAGUCAUUGCAGCUUUGAGGAUUUGAAUGAAAGGAGGAAGAAAAGACUCUCACCUCACAUUAUUUCAAAUCAUGUGGAUUUUGUGUAAAUGACAGCUUAAUUCAUAAAUGUGUCUCGUGCUGUAUAUUUAUAAGUGUAAACAAUAAUAUAUAUUAAAAA